CAAUCUGAAGCCCAGAUCACGCACGUGCGUUACCCGCUUCCCGUGUCACGUGUUUGCGGUAAAACCCCGGAAGCGGCUUCGCCUUGCUCCGCAACCUCGAUCCCAAGCUUUCAUUCAUCGUUUUGCUGGAUACUAAACAUCAGAGAUGAUGAACCUCCUAAGGAGAUCAGCGAUAUCCCUCGGCAGCCUACCCAAAUCGAAACUGGCUUCGACCCUCCCGUUUUCCUCCGCCUCACAACCUUCUGGAAUCCGAAAAUCGGUUUUAUUUUCAAUGUCAUUCCUCGGUUGAUAGGCGCUUUAGAAAGAGGAGCAUCAAGGCAAGCCGUUGCUGAUUCGUGUCUCAUGAGUGUGGACUCAAAUGGAGCUAAGGGACUAUUGUUUGGCUUCCGAAAUCUGCAAGCAAGAAUGCCUAUGGAAUCCCGUCCAAACAACAUCAAGUCGCCUUGCGUUUCUAGAUCUUUUGCAUCAGAAGCUGGGAAACAGCACAAUAAGGCUAAGAAAGAGGUGACUACUGUGGAGGAUCCUUUUGAUUCUCCUACGUACCAUAUCCCGGAGAAGCCGGUGACGUUUACAGAAGGUGCCUCCUACAGUCUUGUUAUUCUGGCUGGGCUUGGGGUCGCUGGAGCUGCUGGGUACGCUGUGUUGAAAGAGCUCAUAUUUCAACCAAAAGAGUACAAGAUCUUUGACAAAGCCUUGAAGAGAAUUCAAGAUGACGGUCAGGUGAGGGUUAGGAUUGGAUCCCCCAUCACAGGCUACGGUCAAGAAUCCAGAAACCGAGCCGCUCGUCAGCGCAUACCAAACAGAGUAUUUACAGAUGAAGACGGAGUAGAGCAUGUUGAGGUAAACUUCUUCAUCCGUGGUCCUCACGGAGCCGGGAAAGUGUACACUGAGAUGUUUAGAGACAAGGCUGACAAAGAAUGGAAAUACACAUACCUCAUCGUAGAGAUUUUAGCUCCUUCCCCAGCCAAACUGAUGCUGGAGUCCUAUUUGCCCGCC